UUCGUUCAACCAUGUCUGGUCGUGGUAAAGGAGGUAAAGGUCUUGGCAAAGGCGGCGCCAAGCGCCACCGCAAGGUCCUGCGCGACAACAUCCAGGGCAUCACCAAGCCCGCCAUCCGCCGCCUGGCCCGCCGUGGCGGAGUCAAGCGCAUCUCCGGCCUCAUCUACGAGGAGACCCGCGGGGUGCUGAAGGUGUUCCUGGAGAACGUGAUCCGCGACGCGGUCACCUACACGGAGCACGCCAAGCGCAAGACCGUCACCGCCAUGGACGUGGUCUACGCGCUCAAGCGCCAGGGCCGCACCCUCUAUGGCUUUGGUGGUUAAGCUUUGCCUCAUUUAUUCCUCUAUCGCAAAAGGCCCUUUUCAGGGCCACCCACAAACUCAGCAAAGAGCUAUUGCACGUUUUACGAUCUUUAAGCAAAUUCUGACUCGACAGACGGUGUUCGAUAACCUUGUUAAUCCACGUUUUUCGACAUAGUUGUGUCAAGAGCAAGGCGAUGUUUUUAAAAAUGUAACCAGAAAGCCUAUGUAGUGUAAUUUACUACUGAAUACGUUAAUUUAGCAGGCUUGGAAUUAGAAUCCCAUCGUAACCUGAAUUUUUGGGAAUUGCUUGUCGUUGCAUGGCUGGGUAACGUUAAUCUAAGAAGGGCAAGGGACUUGUUCUACACAGAAGGUAUUGAAAGUAUUAAAUGUUUAGCUAUUAUUCACUGUAUACAAUAAGGCCUGACUACAUACUCUUUAUUGGGGACGACUUUUUUAUACACGAACAGUAUAGUUGUCGAAUGGCGUUUUAUCGUUUUAAGUUCGUGUAUGUUGCACGUUUGUACAGUUGCCAGCAGAGGGCGUCGGAUUUCCCCGGAAGUUGCAGUUACAGGUAGUUGUGUUUUGGUAUCCAAAGUCUGGUCUUCAAGAACAGCAUGUGUAUUUUACUAGGCAAUCUCUCUAGUUUUACUAGAGAUCUCUCUCCCCGCUAUGGUCUUUUUGUCACUGCUGAAACCAAGGCCUAGAAUAGAUGAAUAUGAGUUUAAUAUUUGUGGCACUCUUUAAUGCAUAAAACUGCUAAAUCACAAGUUUUAAAAACAGGAUUUUUUUUUUUAAGUAUUUCACACCAGACUGCCCCAGUACUGUUUUUGUUAUGUCGAGCAUUGAAUUUAAGCCCCAACAUUUCCCUAAAAGAACAGGGCUCCUUAAUUUUUAAUACUGCUCUUGUCAAUCUCAUGAAGCCUACAUGUUAUUUUCAUAAAAUAUACAAAAGAUUUCAACUGUAACUCUGUUAG